AUGGAGGCCUUGAGUCGAGAAAUGAAGAGCGGAAAUGAUUCUAUAAAGAGUGAUAUGGAUUCAAUGAGGGGUGACAUGAUUAGAAUUAGAGCGAGAGUUCAAGACCCUAGAAGUCCCGAGGAGAAGCCCAAGGAAUUUUUCUUCAAGCCCUUGGCCGAAAGUCCCCAUUGUGGGACAAGCGAGGAAGAAGUGAAUCCAAAGGGAAACAUUGACAUAUUCCCUUGUAAUGUGGAGCAUGAGGGCUCCCAUGACGCGAAACAAAGUGAAGAAACUACUUCUCAUAAUCUACAAGAACAGGCUGGACAAGCAUAUGUGAAAUGGUGCCACUUCGAGCUUGGCAUCAUGGAUUCCAGUGGUACAAUUACGGUAAUAAUCUCAGAAAUGCUGGGUGAAAGAAUGUUGUCCUUAACUGUCGAGCAAAUAUAUGAAAGUGUUGUUGUCCAGUUGCAGAAAAAUGACAUUUUAUUUUCGACAUUCGCAACAUCUCAAUCUGAACAGAUAAGUUUAAAGACAACUAUACACUUUAUUUUCCACUUUCCCUUGACAUUGUCUUCUUCAAGAGUGCUCACUGAUUGCUGCCAUUGGAACUCGAAGCUCCGUUCCCUUCUUCUUUGGGUGGUGUUCAAGCUAAAUCCAUGGUGGAUCUUAGUUGAAUUCUUAAUAUCAGCUUCACUCUUCUCAGUCUUGGGUCUGCAAAAGACCAGCUUUCCAGAUGAUGGACCGUCUCCCUAUCCCUCCCUUUUGGUGAUCUUCCAGAUCUACCUGGAAAGGCUUCUCAAUAGCAGCUGCCAGACAGAAGACUGUUUUUCUUGCAAAAAAAUUCAGUGUAGGGAUGGAAAUGAUAUCCAUGCCACUGCAGUAGUGGUUUCUUCCUCAGGGUUGAACAUUGGAUCCCAUUUCAAGAUCCAUCAUAUUAAGCUGUUGAAUGAACCUGAAAUACGUCACAUCUACAGGAGGCAAAUACUGUGGCGAACAAGUAGACAUCAUUUGGAAAGUUUCAUCUGCAGUGCAUGGAGAAUAGAUCAAUAACUUUUAAUCCCCCUCCUAACUUUUUAUUUUGCAAGAACUCCUGAAAGACUCAAAGUUUGGGUACUACCCGAACAUUUUCAUCUCCGUAAUAAUCUUUAUAUUUCGGUCAAAUAAACAAUCUCUUUUCAGCAAAAAGAAAAAAACUAUUUGUUCCCUUUGUUAGGGUUUUUGUCA